AUGAUUUUCAGCAAGCUUUCGACCGCCGUCGCCGUGAGCUGCUUGACCAGUCUCGCCUUGUCUGUCCCCACUCCAACUGCAGAGGAAUUCAAAGUCCUCGACAAGCGCGCUUCUGCAAGCGAUGCAGCUUUUGGAUACGCCAGUCAGAACGGAGGCACAACCGGCGGUACUGGUGGGACCACCACUACCGUCUCCUCUUACGCCGCGUUCACCUCGGCGGUCUCAGGAGACAGCAAGAAGGUUGUAUAUGUCUCUGGUCCAAUCUCCCAGACUGCGGACCAGGUGAAGAUUGGGAGCAACACUAGCAUUAUUGGCAAAAGUUCUACUGCCAUCCUGACUGGAUUCGGCCUCCUUGUGAAGGAAGAGUCCAACGUGAUUAUUCGCAAUCUGGGAGUCAAGAAAGUCCUCGCAGAUAAUGGAGAUGCCAUCGGUGUUCAAUACUCCACCAACGUUUGGAUUGACCACUGUGAUGUUUCCUCCGACCUGGACCACGACAAAGAUUAUUACGAUGGGCUAAUUGAUCUCACCCACGCGGCUGACUAUAUAACCGUCUCCAAUACUUUCCUCCACGAUCACUGGAAGGCAUCCCUCGUCGGUCACUCCGACAACAACGGCGACGAAGAUACCGGCCAUCUCCGAGUUACCUACGCCAACAACUAUUGGUAUAACAUCAACUCUCGAACACCGUCUAUCCGCUUUGGAACUGGUCAUAUCUACAACAGCUACUACCUUGAUGUGAAUGAUGGCAUCAACACUCGCGAUGGUGCCCAGGUGCUAGUUGAGUCCAACGUCUUUGAUGGCUCUGACAAGCCUCUCUAUUCAACUGAUGAUGGCUAUGCCGUUGCAAGGGAUAAUGACUUUGGCGAUGGCGAGAAUGAAGCUGAGGCUGGAACUCUCACUAGUGUCCCAUACUCCUACACCUUGCUUGGAUCUGCCAAUGUCAAGGCUGCGGUCUACGGAACUGCUGGACAGACACUUACCUUUUGA